AUGGCGAUGAUUCUAAGCGCCUUCAUUCCGGAUAUGGCCACUCGAUUGGGCGAGUUGAUGAAGAGCGAGGUAACGAAGCUUUUGGGCAUUACAGGAGAUGCAAAGAAGCUUCAGAGAAGGCUCGAGAUGGUAACAGAGUUUCUUGAGGACGCUGAGAAGAAGAAGACGCAAAACGACGAAAUCAAGAACUGGUUGAAAGAGUUGAGAGAAACCAUCUAUGAAGCUGAUAACAUCAUUGACCAGUGUUGGAUUGAAGCAGAGAAGCACAAAACCAAGGAACAACAGAUUAGCUAUGAACUUAGGGAUAUUCUUUAUCUGCACAGGGACGUCCGCUUCUCCCUAUAG